UACUAUCGGUGAUAUGACGGCCCGGAGGUCGGGUUCGCGGCUGGAGGGGGAGAUUGAGCGCUGCCGCGGGGAGAACCAGUGGGAGAAGAUCCCGGAGCUGGUGAAGCAGCUCGCCGCUAAACCACUGCAGAACGAUGACCUGAGUGAGCUGUUACUGGGGGAGGCAAAGCUGCAGCAGUACCUGAAGGAGAACCCCAUUAAGCAGGGUACCAGUGCCCGCGGGCAGCGCCCACGCCUGGCCGAGGUGAGGAAACACCUGACGGCGGCGCUGGAGAGAGGAAACCUAAAGCCGGAGUUCCUGCAGGAGGCGACGUUGCUGAUGGGGAAGUUGAGUUAUGUGGAGGGGGAUCACCGAGAGGCGCUGCUUCAGUACAGCCGGGUUAAUCUGGACGACAUGCAGCUCGUCGGAGCUCCGGUCUACCGCCUCUCCAUGAUCGCUGAGGCCUACGCUACCAAGGGUCUCUGUCUGGAAAAGCUCCCGGCUGCGUCCCCGUCUCUGUCAGGACGUCCCGCGGACCGUGAUCAGGAGAUCCUCACCUGCUAUGAGAAAUCCGGAGACAUCGCUCUGCUCUACCUGCAGGAGGUGGAGAAGGCUCUCAGCGCUGGCCUGCAGAACCGCAGCCCCAAACCCGGCCCGGUCAGCCAGGAGCAGGAGCUCGGGUACUUUCUGGAGACCGGCCUGCAGAGGGCUCAUGUCAUACACUUCAAAAACGGUAAUCUGACCCGUGGAGUCGGACGCUUCAGAGAGAUCCUCCGCGCCAUCGAGACAAGAACCACUCAGAACCUCCGCAUGACCAUCGCGAGGCAGCUGGCGGAGAUCCUGUUGAGGGGGAUGUGUGAGCAGAGUUACUGGAGUCCACUGGAGGAUCCGCCUCCUCAGUCUCCUCUGGAUGAUCCUCACUGUCCCACCAGCUCCAGCAGAGACUACGCCCUCAGCCGCCGCCCACGAGUCUACUCUGGAGAAAAUCUGUUCUGUCCGCAGGAGAACACAGAGGAGGCUCUGUUGUUGUUAUUGAUCAGUGAAUCCAUGGCUAACCGGGAUGCGGUUCUGAGCCGUAUCCCGGAGCACAGUGCGGACCGAGUGAUCAGCCUCCAAAGUGCGUCCGUGGUUUACGACUUGCUGACCAUCGCUCUCGGCCGCCGCGGCCAAUACGAGAUGCUCUCUGAGUGUCUGGAGAGGGCGAUGAAGUUUGCGUUUGAGGAAUUCCACCUGUGGUAUCAGCUGGCUCUCUCUCUGAUGGCUGCAGGAAAGUCUGCGCGUGCGGUAAAGGUGCUGAAGGAGUGUAUUCGGCUGAAGCCUGAUGACCCCACCCUCCCCCUGCUGGCUGUGAAGCUGUGCAUCGGGAACCUGCACUGGCUGGAGGAGGGUGAGCAGUUUGGGAAGAUGGUGGUGGAAAUGGAAGAUAAAGCUUCAGAGUUUCGAGCAAAAGGUUUCCUCGCCAUCGGACUCGUCUACAGCCUGAAGGCCACAGACGCCUCUCUGAGGGGGGUGCAGGAGGAGUAUCAGAGGAAAGCUCUGGGGGCGUUUCAGAGGGCACAGUCUCUCUCUCCUACUGAUCACCUGGCUGCGUUCUAUCUUGCACUGCAAUUAGCUGUGUCCCGCCAGAUCCCGGAGGCACUGGGAUACGUGCGACAGGCUCUGCAAUUACAGGGGGAUGAUGUUCACUCUCUGCACCUUCUCGCACUACUGCUCUCCGCCCAGAAACACUACCACGACGCCCUUAACAUCAUCGAGAUGGCCCUCAGUGAAUACCCUGAGUCAUGUAUGCACCAUAAAUUGGUUCAGAAUUUUAUCCCGAUCAGGUUUAGGAUUAGGUGUAGUAUGAUUGGGACAGAUAAUAAUGUGUGUGUGUGUGUGUGUGUGUGUAGGCUGCUGUUCACUAAGGUGAAGUUGGAGACGCUGUGCCGCGGGCCUGAGGAAGCUCUGCUGACCUGUAAACACAUGCUGCAGAUCUGGAAGUCCUGCUACAACCUCACCAACCCUAGUGAUUCAGGGCGGGGCAGCAGUCUGUUGGAUAGAGCCAUCGCUGACCGCAGGCAGCUGAACACAAUGACCCUGCCGGAUUUCAGUGACCCAGAGACUGCAUCUGUUUCCUCUUCCUCUUUCGUGGGGUCAGAGCCCGCCUCAUCUCCACUAUUUCCUCUCCCAACCCUCUAUACUGCCCCUCCUCCUCCUCCGCCCAGGAGUGACCCUGCAGUGUUCAGACCGGUUGGCCAUGCUUUCUGUGACCACUUCCCUCGCCGGCGGUCCUCCGCUGCCAGAAACGCUCCAGAUGAUUACUUUCAUGGUUUUGAUUCCUUUUUUGGGGUUUGUUCUGUUCAUGCUACCUCCAUUGCAGCAUCACGGGUGGAGCAGGCACUGUCAGAGGUUGCCUCUUCCCUGCAGAGCUCCGCCCCCAAACAAGGACCUCUACACCCCUGGAUGACCCUCGCUCAGAUUUGGCUACAUGCAGCGGAGGUGUAUAUCGGGAUGCUGAAGCCGGCCGAGGCGCUGGCCUGCACUCAGGAGGCGGCGAGCUUGUUCCCGCUGUCCCACAACGUGCUGUUUAUGAAGGGACAGGUGGCUGAACUGAGGGGAAAUACUGAGGAGGCGAAGCGUUGGUACGAGGAGGCGCUGUCCAUCAGCCCAACACACGUCAAGAGCAUGCAGAGAAUGGGUCUGAUCCUGCAUCAGCUGCAGAGGUACAGUUUGGCGGAGAAGGUUCUGAGGGAUGCGGUGCAGGUCAGCUCCACGGCGCACUCUGUGUGGAACAGUCUGGGGGAGGUUCUGCAGGCGCAGGGGAACCACGCCGCCGCCACCGAGUGCUUCCUCACCGCGCUGGAGCUCGAGGCCAGCAGCCCCGUCCUGCCCUUCACCGUCAUCCCCCGCACGCUCUGAUACCGCACACGCCACACACAGUCAUCCCCCGCACGCUCUGAUACCGCACAUACCACACACACCGUCACCCCAUGCACACUGAUACCGCACACACACCGGCAUCCCCCGCAUGCUCUGAUACCGCACGCACCACACACCGUCAUCCCCCGCACGCUCUGAUACCGCACACACCACACACACCUUCACCCCACGCACACUGAUACCGCACACACACCAUCAUCCCCAGCACGCUCUGAUACCGCACACACCACACACCUUCAUCCCCCGCACGCUCUGAUACUGCACACACCACACGCACACAGUCAUCCUCCACACGCUCUGAUACCGCACACACCAUACACCUUCAUCCUCCGCACGCUCUGAUACCGCACACACCACACACACAGUCAUCCCCCGCACGCUCUGAUACUGCACACACCACCAUCCCCCACACGCUCUGAUACUGCACACACCACACACACUCACACCGUCAUCCCCCGCACGCUCUGAUACCGCACACACACCGCCAUCCCCCGCACGCUCUGAUACCGCACACACACACCGUCAUCCCCCGCACGCUCUGAUACCGCACACGCACAGUCAUCUCCCGCACACUCUGAUACCGCACACACCGCACACACAGUUAUCCCCCGCAAACUCUGAUGCCGCCCACACCACACACACACACACACUACACACCAUCGUGCUCUGCACGCUCUGACACACACAUCAUCAGUUCCCUCAUUAACUACUGUUUGGUGGCAGUGAGAGCUGUUAGCACUGGAGCUACGAUGCUAAUGUUGCUAACAGGCAGUGAGAGCUCAUCCCCCACCAGUUCUGAUAAACUACCGCUUUAAACCCAACCCCAAACUAAUGUAAAUAAGAGUAUAGUGCCACUGCAUUCCAAUAGCUCCGCCCACCUGUAUGAAGUCCCUGUAUACCCCCAAUACACACACACACACACACCUGAUACACAAAAACACACACCUGCAGUGUUUAAUUCGCAGUGCCCCGAGGUUUAAAACGUGACCAUAUAAGGACUGCCUGUUAGAUGUUUAUGCGAGUGUGGGGGCGGGGUUUGGGGGUGUGUUAAUCUGUCUCUUACUGUGUAAUUCUGAGGCCAUCUGUGAGACUUUUAUUUAGUAAUUUUCUGUUACAUUUUGCUGCUCUUUGGAUUGUUGUUAUACACUUAACCCAAUCACUGUACGGAUAGUGAUGUGGCUCCGCCCCUUCCUGUAUCUGUUUAAUGUUGAUAUUAUUGUAUGUAAAUGGAAAAAUGGUUAUAAAUAUAUUGAAAUAUAAUGAAGUAAAUGCCAAAAAACAAUCUGUUCAAAGAUUAAUACUUUUAUUUUUCAUCCAGAGGUCAAAUAUUAUUAUUAUUAUUAUUAUUAUUUACAGAUCCGUAGAUUGUGUGUUUGUUUGUUUGUUUGUUUGUUCAGCUGGUGUUUGAUGGCUGAUCUGGAGCUGAAUUCACAAAAAUCAUAAUAAACACAUUUUUCUUAAACCUGAUUUUUAUUUUAACGUAAAUAAUUAAUAAAUAAUUAUUAAAGAUU